CACUCUCAGAGGAAGAUUUAUAGGCCAAUCACGCUCCGAAACACAUCCAUUCGACCUUCGAUUUGCUUGUGUUGGUUGUAGUGGUUUGUAAUUAGAUUUCACGGCAAAGCACAUCAUCGUAUAUCGGCUUAUAUCUCCAAGUCCGAUACAUAGACUGAGAUAUGACACCGGCAACAUUGCUCACACGAAGAGUUGGGGGCCCACGGAUCGCCACACAGUUUAGACGGGCUCUCCAGACGUCGUCGGCUCCCAAACAUGAGACUCAUCGUCUGAGAAACUUUCUGCUGGGCUCUUCAAUCACCGUUGGUGUACUUGCUGGUGUUGAUUAUCUCUACUGGGAUAGUGUUCUGCAAAGAACAUCAAAGGCCUUUUAUGUCUUGUCGCUGAUUGGGCUGGACUAUAAGAUGAACUUUGAAGAGAGUAAGGAUAUACAUGCUCUCCAUGAGAGAAAUGCGGAACGUUUGUUCAACCUCUUGAUGGAAAACAAAGGUUUAUACAUUAAACUGGGGCAGAACAUUGCUAAUCAGGCAGCUAUCUUACCUCUGCCAUUCCAGCAGAGAUUUAACAAGCUGUACGACUCCGCUGAGAAGGACUCUUGGCUCCAUGUGGAGAAGAUCUUGAAGGAGGAAAUGGGUGAGUCCUACCUGGACACCUUCAAGAGCUUUGAUAAAUCACCAAUAGCAAGUGCCAGUAUUGCCCAGGUGCACCGUGCGGAACUGCAUAACGGUGAUCAGGUUGCCGUGAAGGUCCAGCACUACUACAUCAAUAAUCAGAUCGAUAUGGACUUGUGGACAUAUCGAGUGUUCACGAGGGUGUUUAGCUAUGCAUUUGAGAUUCCUUUCAGUUUUAUGUCUGAUUAUAUAUCAGAGAGAUUGAAGGAAGAGGUGGACUUCACCAUUGAGCUGUCGAACUCUACAAGAACCCGUCAAUUGAUCAACAGUGAUUCGUACCUACAAGGCAGAGUCCAUGUUCCUGAAACAUACGAUGAACUAUGUACGAAGAGGGUCCUAGUUGCCGAAUGGUGUGAUGGUGAGCCGUUAUUCAAGAUUGAAGAACUGGCAAAGACGUUCAAUACGACAUUGAUUAUACAUGACUACUUGAAACUAUUUGCUAGGAUGAUCUUCCAAUGGGGAUUUGUUCACUCUGAUCCACAUCCUGGUAAUCUCCUCGCAAGAUUCCACAAUGGCAAGCAACAGUUGGUACUACUUGACCAUGGUUUGUACGUGGAGAUGUCUCAGUCCCUAAGACAUGAAUACUGCACUCUGUGGAAGAGUUUGUUCGAACUCAAUGAUAAGGAACUGAAGAGAAUUGCCAUUCACUGGGGUAUUGGUGAAGACCAAUCUGACAUGUUUGGCUCAUUUGCCUUGUUGAAGCCAUACCAUAAAACUAAGGAGAAUCUUGCAAAGAUGACAAGAUAUGAAAGGGAAAGGUACAUGUCUAAUAACUUCAAACAGUUCUUCCAAAACACGGAGAAGUUCCCGUUGCCCUUGAUAUUUUUGGGAAGAACCAUGAGAAUGGUUCAAACCCUGAAUCAACGGUAUAAAUCUCCCGUGAAUAGGGUUAACCUCUUCACGAAGGAAGCCGUGAAUGGUUAUUACCUUAACGCACCAACCACACAUCUAACGGUAUGGCUUAGAGCUGAAAGACUCUUUAGAUAUUCGAUAUACGUGUUGACAAUGACAAUCUUGGAUGUCAGUUUCCAGUUGAAUAGGUUAUCGCAGUAUCUCUUUGGUACAAAGAACAUUGAGGAUAUCUUACAACAAAAGCUUACAUCUGAGUUGAAGCAAAUGGGUGUUGAAAACCCAGACCUUGCUCUUGACGGUUGAUCAUUAUGACUGGUCAACUUUAUAACCUGUAAAUAGCACAAUACAUUUUAUGAAUCCAGACUCUUUGUCUCCCC